UCAAACUUCAAAAUCCUACUCCUUUUCUUGAAAGGCUUUCCCUUUCUCGCGCUUUCUUGGCCCUUGUGUUGUCGGUUGAUUUUCCUAGAGAAGAAAAAUGAGGUGGGAGGGAGUCCUGUCGCCGCAAGCCCAGGAAACAGAGCAGGGCAGAGAAGAGGCGGGUGGCUCCAGAAAGAGGUGGGGCCACACUUGCAACGCCAUCCGAGGAGGGAGGUUCCUCUACGUUUUCGGUGGCUUUGGGAUAGACAACUGCCGGGCCAGCCAGGUUCUAGUCUUUAACACUGUGGAGCAAACAUGGAGCCAACCCACGAUAAAAGGCACGCCACCUGCUCCAAGGGAUGGCCAUAGCUGUACUAAUGUUGGUGACAAUUUGUUUGUGUUUGGUGGGACGGAUGGGAUGAACCCUCUUGGGGAUUUUCAUAUACUAGACACUUCUUCUCAUACAUGGAUAUCACCAAUUACAAGGGGAGAGGCACCGAAGGCAAGGCAAGGUCAUAGUGCAGCACUUGUCGGUAAAAGGUUGUUCAUAUUUGGUGGGUAUGGAAAAUCUCCUGGUAAUGAUGAUGAAGUGUAUUAUAACGAUCUCUUCUUAUUGAACACAGAGACAUUUAAAUGGAAAAAGGCUAUGACAACUGGUAUCCCACCUUCACCACGUCUUACCCACAGCUGCUCAACUUGGAACAACAAAAUGAUUGUGAUUGGGGGUCAAGAUGGACGUGAUUACUAUUUGUCCGAUGUCCAUACUCUUGAUGCAGAUACCCUGAUGUGGAAGGAACUGAAUACCACCGGCGACAUGCUACCCCCACGUGGUGGACGUUUGACUGUUACUUUUGGGAAGAUUCUGUUUGUUUAUGGGGGAUACACAGAGGACCAAAAGCUAUAUGAUGACCUGUAUAUGCUUGAUGUCGAAUCUGCGAUAUGGUCCAAGGUGACUAUUGCAGGUGAUGGACCUUCUCCCAGAUUUUCCAUGGCUGGGGCCUGUCUGGAUCCAGUAAGGAGUGGGGUUCUUGCCUUUGUGGGUGGUUGCAAUAAAAGUCUGGAGGCUCUUGACGAUAUUUGUUACUUGCACACAGGACUCACAAGGGAAUACGAGCGAAGGCUAGAGAAGCUAACAUUGAGGAAGAAACUGAAGCUGAAGUGCCAUGAACGAAAUUUGACUCUAGGACAUGAUCAAGCUUUGGUGCAAGUUGGUGUAUCCACAAGCUCAUAUCAACCUGUGCCGCUAUCGAUCUACAGUCAGCCAGGUGCUCAUGGCUAUAUAUCCAAGCAAUCACAACCAAUCCAAGGUAAAACUAUAUUCCAAGCAAGAGUGAUGGAAAAUUUUGGUGAUCAAUACACCAUUGAGACUGUCGUAGAUGGGAAACCUCUACAUGGAAUUAUAUUUUCCAGUAAGCCUAGCACUCUUCCUAUACCAUCUUCAAGCUCUAGCAGCAGGAAAAGAACUUACGGAGAUUCAGGUACUGUUAUGCCACAUGGAGAUUAUAGUAGGGGUUCAAAGGCUUCUAGAAGCAUCCAGCUAGACUCAGUUGAUGAGGGGCAAGCUGAUGAAGUGCAUGGACAAGAAGCCUCAGAGCCCCAUGCAGAAUCUGCUGGUCCACUUCUUGUGUCAAACGUAACACAACCUUCUGAUGGCUGUGAUCUGGACAAGGUACCUGCAAACCAAGACUCAUCACUGCAGGCUUCUAUUGAUUCCAAAAGAUAAUCGGAUGGAUAAAGCUCCAAAUCUGAAUGUGGGAUUUCCUAAAGAGAGUGUAUCUCCAUCGACCAAGGACUCUGACAUGAUCUUACAAAAUGAACUUGAGCAUAAGCAUUAUCAGUGUUGCUGAUAAUGAUAUGUUGCUCUUAUCCAACUUCAUAUUUUUACUGUUGAUCAGAGCAUGUUUUGAUUGCACACCUAUGCUUGUGAAAUAAUAGUCUCUUGCAAUAAUUGAUUCACAGGUCAUAGAAAUGUUUUUCAGCAAAAAUCUCUGUACGAGUCGAUACGUACUAUCUGAACAUUGGCCAUGACAUUGUGAAUAAUAGAUCUUACAUAUAUUGUAUUGUCUACAUCACUUA